AUGUUCCGCUCGGCUUUUUCUAUCCUGGCUAUUGUAGCUUUGGCUCUUUCCGCUCCAACACUUCGUGAGAAGCGUCAAGCUUGCUCAUGCGCCCCAGUUCAACAGCAACCAUCAUGCUGUCAGCAACAAUCCACCAUUAACGUCCAGGUUCAAUACACCCAGACCCAGAUCCAACAACAAGCCCCAGCUCAGGACCCAUGCGCUUGCCAGCAGCAGCCUGCUUGCGACUGUGCUCCAGUCCAACAGAACCCAUGUGCUUGCCAACCAGCUCAGCCAGCCUGUGAUUGUGCUCCAGUUCAACAAAACCCAUGCUGCCAACAAGCUCAACCAUCCUGCGACUGCCAGCCACAACAGCAACAGCCAGCCUGCGAUUGUCAACCACAACAGAAUCCAUGCGCUUGCCAGCAACAACAACCAGCCUGCGAUUGCCAGCCACAACAACAGCCAGCCUGCGACUGCGCUCCAGUUCAACAACAGCCAGCUUGUGACUGUCAGCAGAACCCAUCCUGUGUGACCUGCAUUCAAAUCGAAAUCCGUCAAAUCCAACAACAACAGCCAGCCUGCGACUGCGCUCCAGUUCAACAAAAUCCAUGCUGCCAGCAAGCUCAACCAGCCUGUGACUGCCAACCACAACAACAACAGCCAGCCUGUGACUGCCAAGCUCCAGUUCAACAGAAUCCAUGCUGCCAACCAACUCCAGUCCAACAAGCUCCAUGCUGCCAACAAGCUCAGCCAGCCUGCGAUUGCGCCCCAGUCCAACAAGCCCCAUGCUGCCAGCAACAACAGCCAUCCUGCGAUUGCCAACCACAACAACAACAGCCAGCCUGCGACUGCGCUCCAGUCCAACAAGAUCCAUGCGCCUGCCAACAAGCUCAGCCAUCCUGUGAUUGCGCCCAGCCAGCUCAGCCAACUUACCAAGUUCAGGUUCAACAGACUCAACAAAUGAACCAAUGCGUGCCAGCCUGUCAGCCAGCAUGCCAGUCAUCGUGCACCGCUUCUUACUCGAACCAACAAUCCCAGUACUCUUCCGCCACUACUUCCUGCGAUGCCAACCAAUGCGUCUGCCAACGUGGAUACGUCAAGUGCGCCGAGCAGACCUGCUGCCUUAGAUACAGAUACACUAACCGCAAGGCCAAGCGAUCGAUCGCCUAA